AUGCAGCGAUCUCGUCGAGAUAGUACAGUAAACGAAACGGAGUUUGUUCAGCCACCCGACUUUUUGCAACCUGGACCAGUGCUGCCUGGAUCACGAGGUCAAGUUGCCAGUCACCCAUAUGACUGCAUGACUCUAACAUGUUUAUGUCCUUAUUUCAAGAUGUCGCUUCGCCGUGAGUACAGAAUGUUGAGUGAAACUGAACGCAAUCGCUAUCAUGCUGCGAUGACUGUGCUGAAGCGUAGUGGCGAGUUUGAUCGGCUUUGUAUUGAACACUUCUCGGUUGGCACUGGAAGUGGAGCGCAUUCAGGUCCUGGAUUUAUGGGAUGGCAUCGUGAAUUCUUGAAAAGAGUCGAAAUUGCCCUUCGCUUAAUUGAUCCGGAAGUUUCGAUACCGUACUGGGAUAAUGUGAUGGAUAAUUAUUUGGCAGAUCCACGUGAUUCAAUUUUGUUCAGUCCCAUUUUUGAAGGAGAAGCUGACGAAUUUGGUGAUGUGGUCACAGGCCCGUACGCAUACUGGCGUACAGUUGAUGGACAUCCAGCUAUUAUAAGGCACUUAGGCCAGGAAGGUAAUCUAUGGACUGAAGGGGAUCUACAAAACAUGAUGUCAAAGACAGCAAUUGAGGAUAUGCUUCAUUACACGGCUCCUCUUCAAGGCUGUCCGAUGCCAGUGAAUUUGGGUGCACUUGAAUUCAUGCAUGCUUACGUUCACCUAUGGGUUGGUGGUCAUAUGAGAGAUCCACCAACGGCUGCCAACGACCCGAUCUUCUAUCCGUAUCAUGCGUUUGUCGACUUCCUUUGGGAACUUUGGCGACAAACCCAUCAAACAGCACAAGCCCGAGAAACGGAAUAUGCUAUGGAUAUAGCACUGUGUGAGGACCCUCAACACUUUAGUUAUGCACCAAUGCGACCAUAUUACAAUUUGAUCAAUUUGGAUGGUCUUUCGAAUAUGUACACUGAUCAGAUGUAUCGUUACGCACGACGUCCCGGAUGUACUGAAACGAUUUCCUGCGAUAGUCCCUACUUGUUCUGCAAUAGGAGAGGUGCCAUACCGUUCUGCAUCACCAAAAUAAAGCUAUACGGUAAUUGUGCGGGCUUCGAAGGAAUGGACGCAUGUUUCAAUGGUGUUUGCAUGAACGGACGAUGCAUUCCGGGACAAGUGCCGCAGUCAUUCGUACCUGAAACGAGCCUAUCAAAUAAUCAGUUGGUGAGAAUGAAGAAAGUAUUCGGAUCACGUCAGUUUGUGCCGUGCUUCAACCGCAAUCCGUGUUGCGAGUUAUGGGCCAACGAUGGCGAGUGCAAAAUUAGUGUUGGCUACAUGAAGCACUUCUGCGCCCCAGCAUGUGGAUUCUGCAAACCAGCUUAUAGCACUAAGGACGAUUGCGCAGAUCGCCAUGUCGCAUGUAAGCAAUGGAAAACGGAAGGCAAAUGUCACAGUGAAUCAAGACAGUUCUUGGAGGAAAAUUGCCGUGAAUCGUGUGGUUUUUGUAAGAAACCGAAAUUCUCAAUGUGUCCAAGACGAACAUCGGUAAGGAUUGAUUCAUUUUUCAAAUCGCGAAUCGAAUUCUAU